UGGGUGUGCGAGCGCAAGGGAGCCCGCGGUGCUGGUGCUGGUGCUGGCUCUGCGCGCUGUGCUGCGGGUGCAGGCGCUGGAGCCGGAGAGCCGAUCCCGGCGUGCGCGCUAACCCGACGCGCGGGAGGUGGCCAGGCGGCGACAGGUUUCUCAGAGCGGGUGCGCGAUGCAGCGAGCGGCAGCAUUGGUCCGGCGGGGCUGCUGCCCCCGGACCCCGGGUCCCUGGGGCCGUUGUCAGAGCAGCGCGGCCGCCGAGGCCCCGGCCGUGCUCAAAGUGAGGCCCGAGCGGAGCCGGCGCGAGCGCAUCCUGACGCUCGAGUCCAUGAACCCGCAGGUGAAGGCGGUGGAGUAUGCGGUGCGGGGACCCAUCGUGCUCAAGGCCGGCGAGAUCGAGCUGGAGCUGCAGCGGGGUAUCAAAAAACCGUUCACUGAGGUCAUCCGCGCCAACAUCGGGGACGCCCAGGCCAUGGGCCAGCAGCCGAUCACCUUCCUCCGGCAGGUGAUGGCGCUCUGCACCUACCCAAACCUGCUGGACAGCCCCAGCUUCCCGGAAGACGCUAAGAGGCGAGCCCGACGGAUCCUCCAGGCCUGUGGCGGCAACAGCCUGGGGUCCUACAGCGCCAGCCAGGGCGUGAACUGCAUCCGUGAGGACGUGGCGGCCUACAUCACCCGGAGAGACGGCGGCAUCCCCGCAGACCCCGACAACAUCUACCUGACCACGGGAGCCAGCGACGGCAUCACGACGAUCCUGAAGAUCCUGGUUUCCGGAGGCGGCAAAUCCCGGACAGGCGUGAUGAUCCCCAUCCCGCAGUACCCCCUCUACUCGGCGGUCAUCUCGGAGCUCGACGCCGUCCAGGUGAACUACUACCUGGACGAGGAGAACUGCUGGGCCCUGAACGUGGAGGAGCUCCGGCGGGCCUUGCGGGAGGCCAGAGGCCACUGCGACCCCAAGGUGCUGUGCAUCAUCAACCCCGGGAACCCCACAGGCCAGGUGCAAAGCAGAAAGUGCAUAGAAGACGUGAUCCACUUUGCGUGGGAAGAGAAGCUCUUUCUCCUGGCUGAUGAGGUGUACCAGGACAACGUGCACUCGCCGGACUGCAGCUUCCACUCCUUCAAGAAGGUGCUCUCCGAGAUGGGGCCCGAGUACUCGGGCAACGUGGAGCUCGCCUCCUUCCACUCCACCUCCAAGGGCUACAUGGGCGAGUGUGGCUACAGGGGAGGCUACAUGGAGGUGAUUAACCUGCACCCCGAGAUCAAAGGCCAGCUGGUGAAGCUGCUGUCGGUGCGCCUGUGCCCGCCCGUGUCCGGGCAGGCCGCCAUGGACAUCGUCGUGAACCCCCCGGUGCCUGGGGAGGAGUCCUUCGAGCAGUUCACCAGGGAGAAAGAGUCCGUCCUGAGCAACCUGGCCAAGAAAGCCAAGCUGACAGAAGACCUGUUCAACCAAGUCCCCGGGAUCCACUGCAACCCCCUGCAGGGGGCCCUGUACGCCUUCCCUCGGAUCUUCAUCCCCCCCAAGGCUGUGGAGGCAGCUCAGGCCCGUGACAUGGCCCCCGACAUGUUCUACUGCAUGAAGCUCCUGGAGGAGACGGGCAUCUGCGUGGUGCCCGGCAGCGGCUUCGGGCAGCGGGAAGGCACCUACCACUUCAGAAUGACCAUCCUGCCGCCCGUGGAGAAGCUGAAGAUGGUGCUGCAGAAGGUGCGGGACUUCCACGUGCAGUUCCUGGAGACGUACUCGUGAGGGCGCUUGGCCUUCCCGACGCCCCACGCUCCACUCGCCUCCCCGGCGACGCUGCCUCAGGCCUCCCGGGCACCACGGUCGCCUUCAUCGCCACGUGGCCCCAGGGGACCUUUCCUUGUGCCUUGCUGUCGGGAGCAGCUCUCCUCCAAGCCAAUGUGAAUUGCGGAUAACUCAGAAGCCCGUUUCUUUUUUUCUUUUUGAUGCAACCAAAGUAGAGGGAACUCGGCCGGCCAGUGUCCUCUGCCUCUGGUGGUGCUGCUUGUGGAAGGUUCGCGUGGGGUUUGCAACCGCCAGGCUGUGCUGGCUGAGACGCUGCAGCGCUGGAGGAACAGGAUGUUGGGAAGCGUGUGGCUUAGCCCUGGAGAGGACCGGAGACCCCGCGUCCCCGCUGGGACCUGGGAAGUGAGCCCCUCUGCGGCUCGGGAGCCCAGCCCUCACGGCAGGCGGGCCUGGAGCCCUCUGCAGGCCCCAAGGGCCCCUCCACCCACCCGGGGCAGCAGCCCACGUUUCAGUCCAGAACGGCGAGGGCAGCAGCACUCGGGGCGCGAGGGACACUGGGCUGGGUGGUGGUGGGCACCGGGGGCCACGGCCAGUGUUUUUUUUGUGUGUCUUGCCCGGGACCCACGGGUGUGAGCCAGGCUCCGAGCUGAACCAGGCAGCGAGGACCCCGAGCAGACACGAGGGCUUUGGGGGCGAAGGGCCCUCUGAGUGAGCUGAGGCUAGGGCAGUGGGUGCGGCCCAGCGGCCGCGGAGGGAUUCUGCCCCGGGGGCUGGGGGAUCGGCCCCGCUUUUACCCAGCAUCUGUUCCCUCUCGGGGCUUGAGGGCGCCUUUGCACACAGCGCCCCCUGCUGGCGAUAGCAGGAACAACGAAACACUGACACCAUCCUUAUGAGUGAGGCGUCCCCAAGGACUUGACAGUCACCCCCUGACCCCAUUGUGUCUGUUGAGUCGUUUCACACUACAUCUGGCCCGCCUCCUAGCCAUUAAUCGGCGCAAGUGCCUGGUAGCUCGGCCGCCGUGGAGAGGACCUGCGGCCAGUUUGAAGUGCACACGAGUGUUUUCUCCACGCCUGCUGCUGGGCCCUCCCAGGCCACAGACGGGGGUCCUGCAGCGUCUGCCCCCUCUCCAGGCCGCGGGGCGCCCUCCCCCGAGCUUGCAGCAGCCGGGGCUGAGCAAACCAGGCCCGGGGUCCACCCACACUCCCAAGGAGUGGGUGCCCCUCCCCCACCAGCCUAGGGAACCCAGGGCUGGCUCCAAGUCUGGGGACCCAGCGAGUAACUGUCACCGCCUGCCGGUAUCCCAGUCCCCAUGAGCAAGGCCGCCACCCUCCCGAGGGACAAAGGGAAUAAAUAUGUGGGAACUUGUCCGUCCUUAAAGAAAACUGACACAUUGCACUUGGGCUUGCUGACCGAUGGUCCGAACGGUGAGCUGUCUGGUGGAGGAGCCGGAGAGCAGGGGCUAGUCUAUUUUUUGUAUCUUUUGUAACAAUCGGUUUUCUCACGGGGCGGGGAGGGCGGGCGAGUAUUUGUAGUCUUAACAAGUAGACUUUUUUUAUAUAUAAAUCUCUUGAGAUUAUAAGUAACCCCUAAAA